UGGCCCUCCCCGCGCAUGCGCGGUGGCGGACUCUGAGGAGAUGUGAGGGAGAGAGACAGCGAGAGCGAGCCGGGCGCGGGGCUGAGUCACUGACUGACGGGAUCCUCCUCCUCCUCCUCCUCCUCCUCCUCAUCCUCUUCUUCCUCCGUCUCCUUCGGGGGGAUGCGGCGGCCCUGAGGAGGCCAAGGCCCUCUUCCCUUCGCCUUCCUCGCCCUCCCUCGCCUCCCCUCACCCGCCGGCACCAUGAUGGAGGAGAUGGACCGCUUCCAAGUGCCCGCCGUCAGGGCCGAGAUGCAGCCUCUGGAUCCAACAGCAGCCUCCAUCUCUGACAGAGACUGCGAUCCGAGGGAGGGAGAGACCGUCGCCAUGAAUUACAAACCGUCCCCACUACAGGUGAAAUUAGAGAAACAGAGGGAGUUGGCUCGGAAGGGGUCUCUGAAAAAUGGCAACAUGGGGAGCCCUGUCAAUCAACAGCCCAAGAAGAACAACGUCAUGGCCCGGACAAGGCUGGUUGUCCCUAACAAAGGCUAUUCCUCGUUAGAUCAAAGUCCUGACGAAAAGCCAUUGGUAGCACUGGAUACAGACAGUGAUGAUGACUUUGACAUGUCCAGAUAUUCUUCCUCGGGAUACUCUUCAGCUGAGAUCAACCAGGACUUGAACAUCCAGCUGCUCAAGGACGGCUACCGGUUAGACGAGAUCCCGGACGACGAGGACCUGGACCUCAUCCCCCCGAAGUCGGUGAACCCCACCUGCAUGUGCUGCCAAGCCACCUCCUCCACCGCCUGCCACAUCCAGUAAUGAAGCGAGGGAGGCCUGGCAAGGGGCGACGAUCAGUGCUUUCCACGAUAACUGUAAAACUUAACAGCCAUUGCUUCCUCCUAUGGUAGGACGUGCACCUCUUUGUGUUCAUGGAGCCAGGAGAAACCAAAAACAAACAAACAAAAUAUUCCUUUUAUGAUCCUCUUUCUCAUUUUUCUUUUAAUUUUCAAAAGUGAGCCGUGAGGUGCCCGGUGUGGCUUCGUGGCCAAGAGCGUCCAUUCGGCCCCCUUGAGCCUGAGCCUGGCUUCCAAGCCUCCCGUAUGGGAUUUGGGGCAGGGCGAGGGGCAGGUGAGCCCCUCUAGGUAUCCCUUCCUGCCACUGUUCAUUCCACCUGCAGCCAGGUGCCCAGGCAGGGGAUGAUGGGAUGGCAUUCACUUUGACAUGGGUGGGAGGAGUGGGAAUGAAUGGAGGAUCGUUGAUGAAGUCCAGUUGGGUUUUGACAUUUUUCUAAACGACAGUGGUAUUUGCAGCAUGCUUCCAAAUAAGUAACACUAACCAUAGUAAAAAACGCAGCACAACACAGACUAGUCAGAGUAUACUAUACGUUUCGUUCUUAUUGGUCUUGCUUUAUGUUUGCAGUAGAGAGUUUCAGUGCAAUGAACAGUCGUGUAGUCCAGGCAUGGGCAAACCUCAGCCCUCCCUCCAGGUGUUUUGGACUUCAACUCCCACAAUUCUGUUACGAAUUGUGGGAGCUGAAGUCCAAAACACCUGGUCAGAGGGUCGAAGUUUGCCCAUUCCUGUCCUAACCUGUUGUUAUGUAGGUCAGCCUUAGACCGACAUAUAACUACUCCCUAGGUUUUGUGAAGCAGAUUAAGAUAUGAGGCCUCUGUCCCACCUCUUAUCCAGGAAUAGCAGAACUAAUACAUUUUUAAAAGUUACCCCAUUGACGUUUGAAAGUCAGUUCCCUCGGGGUGCAUUACUCUGUAUAGCUAGGUAUUAAGGGCUUCUGUCCCUCUCUGGCAGGGAGAGAAACCCGUCCACGACUGAACCCUUCAUUUCCUAAACUCCAGCCGGAGAGAAAUGAUCGUAUCAGAAACAAAACCAAGGCCUAGGAGGACUGAACUUGGGGAGAAACAUCUUAAUCCCUUUUAAAGAGCGUCUACCUAGAGAUUAACUAAUCAAUAUCUAAUUUUCACAAAUGGUUUAUGGUUGUUGACCCACACAACAAUCCCAGCUCUUUUAGCUUUGCACUGCUUAACUUUUCCCUCCCUCCCCUUCUUUUGUGUUUUAUCUUCUCCCAGGCGUCUGGGUUGGGAAAGGAGUAUGCUUUGAAUUGAUCAGUCUGCAUUGAAGAGGUGGAAUUAUUCAGGCACUUUCUAGUUUAGCUGCAGGCUCUCCUUCCUGGUGUGUGCUUUCCACAAAUACCACGGAAAGUGUAGCUUUUGCUCCUCUCCAUCUUCACUAAAGUCCUUGGCGGGGGCAGUUUUAAGGAGGUCAGUGCAGAGGCAUAAAAUGGGGAAAAUCUUUUAGCUACUCCUUGCUUUGUGUCUGUAUGCUUCUGAGAAAAGGACAGAUAUCAGUUUGGAGACAAUGACAUCUUGUGGGGUUGCCAUCUGAAAGCUGGAUGUAGUAACAAAUCUACAGAAAAUGUCACAACCAUGUAUUGCAGACAUUUCACACAUUACAGGGGCCAACCUGGGUUUUGCCAUAGUGCAUAUUAAAAGAAGAUACAGUCCAUCGUACCUCCCUGAUAAACAUGUCUAUGGGAAUCACACAUUUGCAAGCAUGCAUUGCUGUUAUUUGCAUGCACUUUUAGCAUUGUAGGUGGAUUUGUAAAAUAUCUUAGGUACGUGCCUGAGAAAGGGAGUGCAUUGAAUGGCUUUCAUAUAGAAUAUGAAGCACUGGUGAAUAGGUCAUUUAGGAAAACAGUUGAGAAGGGCUCUUCGUUUUUCCUCCUUACUAAGCCCCACAUGUGGGUUCCAAGCCACCCCUUUCUUAGUGCCACACACAUGGCUAGUGCAGAAGCAUUUGGCAGCUCUGCAAGUCUGUGAUGCUCAUGGAGUUGGAAGGAAGGAAGGGAGCAAUGAGAUGAGGAGGCUUCCGUUGCAUAGAAGAGACCUGGAAUAAUAAGAACUGGUUGCCCCAGGAAGUUCUGUUCUGCAAGAAAGUUCCAUGUUCCCAGAAGAUAAUGUCCCUCACAAGGAGGUGUUAUUCCAGAAAAAAGGCUUUUGACCAUCUCUGGGUGGAUGGACGGACCCAGAGCCCAUCCAGGCCUCUUCAGCUUGCAAGCGAAAAACGUAGCUGCUGCAAAUGUACGCUUAGCCCACAAGCUUCUAUGAGUCUUUAUUUAGCCUUGAUGGCAAACAUUUAUGAACUUGAAUAUUAGCUUUGCAUUUCUGCUGCUUCUGGGAUAAAAUUGGGGUUAUGUGGCAGCUCCCACGUCACUUUAGAGUCAGUGUUCCACUUCUCAGCUAUCUUGUUCUUUCCUUCCACUGAACAGGUGCGGAAGAGCAAGCUUCCACAGGCACGGACCCUCCUGCCACUCUGUGCAUGAGGUCUUGUUCAUCGCACCUGAUAGAAGGACAAGUUGUUCAUGCUUUAUCAGGGGCCCUGUUCUGCAUGCAGGUAGGACUCUGGAUCCUCCUUCCAGGCCAGCCGUGGGCAAACUUCAGCCCUCCUCCAGGUGUUUUGGACUUCAGCUCCCACAAUUUGAGUCUCUUUUUUACAGAAAUAAAGCAGGAUAAAGUUCUGAUCCCUGAGGCAUGACAUCCUGUCUGACAGAGGCAGAAAGCAAGUAAACAGAGAGCUUUGCGAGAUGGAUAGUCCUGGCUGUCUUGGCUGGGCAAGAAGUUAGGAAGGGCAGGGAGAAAGAGUGGCUGCCAUAGUUCCAGGUAGGAAGAACUGGUAACAAGAAGCAUGGACCCAAUCACAUGUAUUAUGGUAUAUGUACUGGUGCUCAUGUCCUUGUUUCUCCUCUUCUUCAGACAGAAAACUUUUCCUGUAAUUGGAAAGCGGGAGGGAAAGGAAGGCGGAUUGGAUAUCUUCAUCAUAAGACCGUGGAAACAGUCAUGUGGGAGCACGCAGGGAAGAGCUAGCUUUCAGUGUGCCAUUUACAUUUAGCUACCCAGCCUGCAUUUGUAAAGGCAAAGGGAGAAACAAUCCCUCCAGUGGUUGCAUGGCCAACAUAUCUUUUGCUGUUGUUGCUGAUUCUUCGUCAUGGCACAUCAAGGCUUGCUGCAGGUUUGCUUCCUGCUUGGAAUUGCGUUAGGAGUCCAUAACUCAUUCAGAUUUGGGAAAAAUGUCAAAGCAGCUUCCAGCAGGGAAGGAUUCUGCAGCAUCCUCGCAUUGAGAAUUCCUGGCAGAUGGUUGGCUGUUUGAAAGGUUUUUCUAUUUCUGCCGUGACUUAGGCAGGCUAGAUAUAUCUCAUGAGCUGUCAGAAAAGUCAUUACAUCCUGGUCCUGAUGGAACCUUAAUCUGUCACAACACCAUGCCCCAGUAAACAUGGAAAGUGACUGCAGGGAGCCAUUCCUCUUUUGCUUUUCCCAUUCUCCCUCUUGAGUGGCUUUUGGGUCUAGCUUUCCAGGUUUGGUGCUGUGGUGGAGUGAGGACUGUGGCUUUUCUAGGGCUGCCUUCAAGGAGGGACGGUGCCUCACCGUGCAGUUUGCAUCUUCCUUUGCAACAGUUUCCAUAGUGAGUUUAUUAACAGUUUGCUAUAGCCUGACAUCCAGGAAGAAGAGCAUGAUCAUACUUCUUAAUAACAUUCACGCAGGCCACAGGAGAGAGGAAAUAUUCUGAGUGAUUAAAGGAAGCUUUGUUUCUCUUGUGUUGUCGAAGGCUUUCAUGGCCGGGAUCACAGGGUUGUUGUAUGUCUUUCGGGCUGUGUGACCAUGUUCCAAAAGUAUUCUCUCCUCAUGUUUCACCCACAUCUAUGGUAGCCUCUGAGGAUGCCUGCCAUAGAUGUGGCGAAACAUCAGGAGAGAAUACUUCUGGAACAUGGCCACACAGCCCGAAAGACAUACAACAACCCUUUGUUUCUCUUGUUGUUUGUCCAAAUAUUUGUUGUCUUCAUUCCCAUCUUUAAGGUUCUGAUAGACUUUAUUAUAAACCGAUUUUUGGUAGAGUACAUCAGGACGUCUUUUGGUCCUUAGCUCUCUUAUGAAGAAGCCCUGUGGUGACUUCAUCAGUGUGCCCAAUUCUUGAAAUGCAAAUGAGUUUUUCUUUAAGUAUUUCCAUCCUCUUGGGAUGUGUUCCCUGUAAUUAGCUGUUUGGACUGCAUGAAAGGGGCUUAGCCCUUUGACAUGAGACUAGAACAGACAUGGUCAAACUUUGGUCCUCCCUCCAGGUGUUUUGGACUUCAACUCCCACUUCAUUGGAUGUGUUGCAAUAGCAGAUUCCCAGAUUAGUUCAGUAUUUGCACCUUAUUUUAUUUAUUUUUGGUCAUUUAAUAUUUAAUGUUUAUUUUACUUAAGUGAUAUUUGUCUUUACUGUUCUAAUUUAGCACAAAUCCUAUGUAAAAAAAAUCAUACUACGUAUUUUUGACAUUAUUAUUGAAAUCUGAAAUAUAUACAGAAAGUACUUACUUCAGUUGUGGGAGUUGAAGUCCACUGCCUGGCAUAUAGUUCGUGGCCCUUUUGGAGGCACCUUGUGGAAGAAAGAGCCACGUGCUUUCUAUUGGCUUCCAUUCUGCUGCUCCUGUGGCCCUGCUGUUUGUAGCCAGAGGCAAGUAGUGACAGGUAUCAUUGGCUGAAUGCUGCAGAGAGGUUAAACAGUGCAGAAGCAAUUCCCAGUAGCUAUGUGCACAGCAUUCCAUCAGCAGCUGUUGGCUCUUGAGCUGUGAAUCUGAAAACUCUUGAAGCUGUCAAGAAGAGCACAGCAGGACCUUCCUUCCCUUCCUGUACAAGAAGGAAACUUAAUUUCCUUGGUUUCCUGGCAUAUUCUAAUCAAUAGGGAUCUGGCCUCUUUUUCAGGGUCUAAGUCACCUUGGAGAGAAUGCUGGGAUUGGCACCUUCCUUAGAAGAGAAGUCAUGGGGAUCAAUAACCGUGCCAGUUCAGUCCGGCUUGGCAAUCCAUAAAAAAAAUGCAAGUUGCUCUUUCUGCACACGGUGAAAGGCACAGAGCUUGGGAACAUUGCAUUUUUACAUUCUGAGAAGGUAGGGGACCUCUUGCCUUCAUCUUUCCCAGUGCUGUCCAGCGUGUAAACCUUUGCUUAUGGACUGAGGCAGAGACCUAUUCCCCCUACGACAUAAGAGGCCAUCGUGCCAAAGAUCAGACAUCUGCUUUCCCCAAACAAUUCUCAACACAAGUUCAGUGAAGUUGUGGGCAAAGAGAUGCACCAAGCAGUAGCCAAGGCAUACUUUAGCUGUGGAGAUCUGUGUCCAGUGGCUAGUUCUAGUAGGAUCAUAAAGCUUGUUAAAUGGCACACAUUAAUCAUUCACAUCUUGAAGUUAAUUGUGAACGUUGUCUCCCUGCCCUUGUGCCCCUGCUAGGAAUAAAGGAGUCUCUCUGUGCUGUAUUGAAAUGUCCCAGUUGGCCCCUUCCUCGUUCCCACCCCAUUGGUAAACAAGGCCUGUUCAAAACCUACUCCACACCCACCUGCUCCAAAAAACAGUUAGCCUAUCUUUCCCCAAAGACAGGCAUGGGCAAACUUCGGACCAUGCUUGCCCAAUGAGGUGCCAAGGAAAGGGAGUUGUACGAUGUGUGUGGGGACUGAGCGUGCAUGGUUCCAUCUGUGCCACGAAAACUGUAAGCCUGGGCAAGAGCCUAGACACAUGCACGUUUGUUUUCUGUCUGGGACAGAGCCGUCUCAACAUGUGGGAGAUACGAUGAGUCAUGACAAUUGGCCCACCCUCCAGGCACUUCGCCCUCCUUUGAAUAAUUUUCCUCUGUUCAGAUGUAACCAGGAGCCAUCUUCCUCUCUGAACUCUCUCAAGGGCGAGCAUGGGAUCCUUGUAGAAGUCCUGGCCUCGUUGCCCAUCAGGCGACACGCACCUUAUUUAUUGCCAACAACGGCUUCAUAAGAUCAAGCCCACCUUUUAAAAAUACUAUCGUUAUUAACUUUUUGCACACACUGCAGUGCAGCUAUUAGGGGAAGGAAGUGAUGGGGAAAGAAACCAUCGCCACCGGGUUUCCUUUCCUCAUAACCGGCCAGUAGGAAGCAGCUGUUUUUAUUAUUAUUAUUCAAUUUUGGAAGGGGAAAUAACCUUUUUAUUUGUUUGCACUAUCUAUUGAACUGUCUCUCCUCUUCCCGCUGUCAGGCAAAGUUACCAGGGCUGCAGAGAUGCGACAGACCUUUCCUUUGUGCCAGAAAUGUGUGCCAUGAUGGAGAGAGAUACACCCGCUUGCAGAGCAAGUGAUUUCUUCUGGGAAAGAUUAUUUAGAAGGGGUGGCUUUGUUGGGCAUUUGCCCUCCCCAAUGGAAACAAUGGCUGAAAUCAGUUGGGUUCAGCAGAAUGAUUUGCCUCUGCUCCCUGCAUCCCUCACAGUGGCCACUGCAGCUGCCCCUUAAAAGCAAUGGAGAAGAGUGAGGGAAGGAGGCCGUUCAGAGGAGAAGAUUCGGGUGGUCUGAGCUCAUGGUAUCAGGGGGAAGAAGCAAGUGCAUCCCAAAUCGGAGUGCAUGGUACUUUUCCUUCUCGUCUGAACAAAGUCCAGCCCCUUCCUCCCCCUUAGAAUUGCAUUCUUCCUUCCUAUUGAUCAAGAGCAGCAACCAGAGCCUCUCUUGGUGUUGAUCACUUUGGAGGCGCAGUGCAAGAGAACAGCCUCUGACCCAGUCCAGAAAGAGACACACGCACAGGUAGACCAGAGAUAGGUUGAGUCUCCCUUAUCUGAAAUUUUUGAGACCUGAUUUUUGGAGGGAUUUUGGAAUGCCUGUAUUUGCUUAUACUAUCUUUCUCUAAAAACGGGGUGCACCUUAGAAUUGCAAAGAAUGGCACACUUUGCAAGUGGCACUCCACAUUUUUUUUAAACACGUAAACCCUGCCUCAGAAUGUGACCGUUCUCACUCCAUCUGCCCUCUCAUUGAAUAAAGUGGCGCAUUAUAGUGGAGCUCAGUCACUCACAACUAUUGGCAGCAAGUCCUGGUUGUAUCUUUGAUCCCUCAUGGCACACCCGAGAUUACACUACAAAGCCACAUUGAAAUGAAAGGUUGUUGCAAAUGGAGAAGAACAAGGGAAUAGACCUGCAAGUCAGUGUUUUAUUUCUUCUUAGAAUCAAAGCAAUUUAUUUUGUUGGUGGUACUGAAAUGAGUGUGUGUCUUACAAGUGAUGACAUCCUAGAAUUGAAGAAUUGAAGAAUUGUACACAGUGAAUGAUGGACUGGGAAGAAAGGGGGCUAGUUGCACAUCCAGCGUCGGCUGAAUGUUUUCUCAAGGAGCCCAGGCAGAGACUGAGAAGGGGAAGCGGGAAAUAGUUAAGUUACACUAUAAAAUGAAGGCAUUCCAGGCCUUUCUAUGAUUGUUGGCACACCUUCUGCUCUUUGAGAAAAGGAACUGGGAAGAGAGGGGAAAUCUUUUCUAAUCUUGCCUGGGCAGUGCCCAAUGGAGUUGAUGCAUCUUUGCAACUGCAUCUGGGACGUCUGCCUUUUCAAAGGUCAUUGCGUGAAGGAAUUCCCUCCCCUCUUUUCUCUAUCGGGGCUCCUUGAAGGAAAGCUCAGCCGAUGCUGGAUGUGGGACUAGCCCCCUUUCCCUAAAGGCUGAAAAACGAAAGGUUUCCAGGUUUGGGAUAUUUGGAAUUUCCCAAUGAGGGAGACUCAACCUUCUUCUACCCAAUGUCCUUUUCAAUGCUCUCUUAUUUGGGGUCUCUCUCUCAAUGUUGGAUUUCUCUGGGGCUGGAAGAGAGACUGUUGGGAAAAGGCUCCCAAGCAAAGCCAGAGCCUGUUCAGAAGGUGAGCCAUGUUUCAAAUUCCACAAUCAAAUGGGAGGCAGUGUCAGCCUCGGCUCCCUCCUAAUUGGCCAUUUGGGGUUUGGAAAGCUUGGCCCAUUGUCUCGGCUUAAGAGACCUUUCAGGGGCGCCUGUUGUGCCACUGCCCCUCGAACCUUGCCCCACAAAGGCAGAUCCGGGGACCCCCUUGGUUUGCGCCGCUCCUCCUCGCAAGUCAGCCUCCAUCUCCUCGCAAAUGUCCGUCUUCUUUUGCUUUCCUGAUUCAGACGAUGUAGCACAGUCCUUCUUUUCCCCAUCAUGUAGAAUACUGCCUUAAACAGAUCUGUUCGGUUGUGUUUUCUCUCUCUCUCUUUUUUAAUUUGCCAUCAGGUUUAUGUAUUAAUUAAUUUAUUUUUUUGAAAUGUGGUUUUUGGAAAAUCAUGAUACAUGUAUAAUAUUUUUUUAACGUUUCCAUUGCAGUAUUUAUCAUUGUUACUGGUUGUGUGUAGUGUAACAGAAUUAAUAUUAAAAAAGAAGCAUACAUAUGA